AUGGCACCAAUGUUAGAUCAUUGGGAUGCUUCAAGCAGCCAGAACAUACUUCCAAAUUCUGCUCGGGGCUCCUCACCCAAGAGCAUUCUUUAUGUCGAUGCCUAUGACUCAUUCUCCUACAAUGUGGUCGCCAUGCUGGAGGAAACCCUCGACGCCAAAGUCACGGUCAUUACCAUUGACUCAGAAUGGCCGGAGUCGAACAUGACCGAAUUCCUCCAGCACUACGAGGCCAUUGUUCUUGGGCCAGGACCAGGAGACCCGAACGUGCCUUCAGAUGUUGGCAUCAUGAGAGACAUCUGGAAUCUGAAAGACUCGAAUCUCCUGCCAGUUUUCGGUAUCUGCUUGGGCUUCCAAAGCCUUUGUCUUCACCACGGUGUUCCGAUCGAGCGUCUUCCGUACCCGCUUCAUGGUCAGAUUCAUAAGAUUUCCACGUCAUCCACGGAUAUCUUUGAACGCCUGUCGGAGGUAGAGGUGACCCUUUACCAUUCACUGUAUGCCAAUGCAGCGGCUGGGACAUCGCCUGAACUCGAGUACCUGGCCUGGUUGUCUCUAAAAGAUCGCCCGGAUGCACAGAUACCUAUGGCAGUCCGUCACCUUAAUAAACCAUUCUGGGGCGUCCAAUUCCACCCGGAGUCCUGCAAAUCAGAAAUUAAUGCCUGCAAGGCACUUCUCACGAACUGGUGGAAGAUGGCUUUGUCAUUCAACAAAAUCACUGGACGUGGUGGAUAUUCUCCUCUCCCGGAGACAGUCAUCAGCCCUCACACAGCGCCUAGUUCGUUUCCUGAUGCUGCGUACGAAAUGCUCAAGUGGAGCAAGUCAACUUCCAGAUCUUCACUUUCUCGAUCUUUUGAACGAGUUGGCUUGUCCGCUGAGUCUAUCAGUGAAUUGUUCAACGAACCAGGCUCGCCGACUGUCUUGUUUCAAUCUAAUGGCCGAUACAGCAUUGCCUCGGUCCCGAGUCCUGGCUCAUGGCGACUAGAAUACAAUGUUGAGACACAUAAGCUUCGCUUGAUCCAGCUCAAUGGCGAUCGCGAAGAGGUCAAUGAUUGUAUUACCGUUGUUCAAUUGUGGGAUGCGUUGCGGUAUCUGAUGGAAAUGAAGAAGGUCGACUCUGGCAACUCUCAGGUGCCAUUCUGGGGUGGCUUUUUGGGGUAUUUCUCUUAUGAGCUGGGCCUUACUUGUCUUCCGCACCACAGCUCCGCGCAGGCUGCUGAGCAACCGAAGCCCACUGAGAAUUCCUCAUCUCAUUCUCCUUUCGCAGAACCACCUGAUGUUAGCCUUCUGUGGUGUGAAAGAAGCAUCGUUGUUGACAACGCUACUGGUCAUGUUGUCAUCCAAUCCACUCGCCAAGAUGAUUCUGGCUGGCUUGACGAGACACUGCGCCAGCUGCAAGAUCUUGCGGACGGUGGCCAUGGUUCAUCUGCAGAUCAAUACUUGGACUCAAUCCUUAGGGAAAGCAAGAUUCAGUUCCCCGAAGAACAGAAGUACAAGCAAGAGAUCGAGUCUUGCAAAGCAGAACUGGCAGCAGGUGAAUCUUACGAGUUGUGUCUAACGUCCGAAACAUCAAUCACUUUGCCUAUUCCACAGGUGGAAUCAGAGCGCCUCAUGUUCCCCUGGAAGCUCUACAGACGACUCAAAACAUACAACCCAGCUGCGUUCAGCGCGUUCGCAGAUUUGGGCGAUACGAAGAUCGCCAGCAGCAGCCCAGAAUGUUUCCUGAACUGGGACCGCGAAUCAACACUGGAAAUGAAGCCAAUGAAAGGCACAGUCCGAAAGUCACCAGACAUGACCAUGGAGAAAGCCUGCGAGAUCCUCAGCUCCACAAAAGAGAUGGCAGAGAACCUCAUGAUCGCAGAUCUAAUCCGCCAUGAUCUAUACGGUAUCUGCGGAUCAGGCGGCGUCCAUGUCGAGAAGCUAUUGGAAGUUGCAGAUUACGGCCGUGUCUACUCAAUGAUCACCCACAUCAAGGGCAAGGUCCGCCCCAACCACCCGGGCUUCGCCGUGCGACACAUGUCUCAUCUGAACACCCCCAACAUGUCCGUCCACGGUCUGACCACCCUCCAGCGCUGUCUUCCGCCGGGCUCCAUGACCGGUGCACCCAAGGAACGCUCCUGCAUGCACCUGCGCACAAUUGAGAAUCGCAAGCGCAGCAUCUACUCUGGUGUUAUGGGAUUCCUUGACCUUGGCGGAGGUGGAAGCUUCUCGGUUCUGAUCCGCUCGGCAUUCACUUGCUCUGGGGGUCGGGACGAAAUUGAGAAAGGGCAGCAGACCUGGCGAAUCGGCGCUGGUGGAGCUAUUACUACACUCAGCACUGCGGAGGGGGAAUGGGAUGAGAUGUUGACUAAACUUCGUGUGGUUUGCAAUGUCUUCAGGCCGCUUGACGCAGGCGGAAAAUCCGACGCCAGCUCUUAG